CAUACUUCCCGCAGCUGGGUCGAUACUGACUGGGCUGGCCUGGCCCCCUCGUAAGUGCGCGCGCCUGCCUCGUGAAGCUGCUCGCAGGCGAAGGCUUGGGGCGUCCGUGGUGUUCGUGUUUUUGCUCUGUCUUGUUUUUCUGUGUUUUUUUGGCCUGGUGUGUGUUUGCUCUUUCUUUGGUAUGGGAAUGCGUUAACCGAAGGGAGCUGGGCAGGCUUUCUGUCUCGCGCUUCGUGGAUGGUCAGCGAUGGAACGGGGGGGAGCCGGGGUCACCGCGCAGCCUCGAAUGGGGGGAGAGAGUGCCACCUGACUGAUGCCGUGCUAUCUCUUCGGCGGAGUGUUUUCUGGGCUGCUUCUGUGGUUUCGGCCGGGCGAUCUCCGUGUUUGCUAGGAUUAAUUUUUUGUAUGUCAAAGAAUCGGUCGGUGACGCCAAGCACAGGAUAGAUAGCCACGUGAGACUGCGAGGGCUAGUUUACCAAAGGCAACGAAAACAGAAUCCGUAGAAACAGCUUCUGUGAUUGAUAUUGUUUUAUAUGUGUAUUCUCUCCAAAUCUACUGCAGGUGUUUGCGGUUGCGGUGCAAACAUGUGUGCCAGUGACCAGGGUGUUU